AUGCCGCUCCCCAAGGCGUCCUGCGAGGUCAUCGUGCUCGACUCUGACUUUUCGGAGGAUGACGAGUUCGAGAUCGUCGUCGUCGGACCGACCUUGGCACGACCCAUUGGCUCCUUAGCCACGGUCGGUGCGGCUCGCCCCGCGGCCUCGACUGCGCGUGCGUCGACGGGUCCGCUCACUCGCCAACCACCUCCUCGCCCGCCCCUAACUGGUCCUCGAUUCGGACGGUGA